AUGACGCUGGAUGAUGACGUUUGAUUUUAGGACAUAAACAACAUGGAUGAGAGAGAAGCGCUGAAAAGGCAAAUCGAUCUGUUGCAAAAUCUCAUCAAUAACCAUAGAAGUAUCCAUGGGGAUGCCCCUUCUUGUUCUGGCCAGCAGUGGCACCCAGCGAGACCACCAGCCCGAGGCAGGAGUCCCAGCUCAUUUUUCAGCCCCACAUUCCCCUCGCGUGGUGGGCCUCACCCACCUCAACCCACAGGACACUGGAGGAAGAGCUACACUCUCAGUAGCAAGACCAGCUCAUCCCAGCACAGUAGACCUACUACACAGACUGCCAAGCCCUCUCUAGAGCAGCAGGGUAGACCAAUACAGAUUACCAAGCCCUCUUUAGAUUCUGCAGCACCCAACUCCUCUACUGGGUUCCUGUCCCUUCAUGCUACAGAUACCUUACAGUCCAGCCACAGCAGUAAGGACCCAGCUAGAGGAGAGAAGGAUGGAACAAAAUGGGCUACGUCUAGGGAUCUAACAGGGCCAAGGGGCCAGCAGUACGCACUCACAGGGGGAGUGAGACGAUCUAUGAUGGGGACAGGCAGUGGAUCCACAGCUAUAGAGACAGAGACUGAACCCGGCAGAGGAAGGACAGGACCUGGGGGCAAGGCUGGGCUGGGAGUUUCGGCGAAGAGCAUAGGACUUGGGCUGCCUCUGAUAAUGACCGCCCCUGGACAAAUGGACUUGUCAGGUGUCCCUGCCAAAAUGACCACCAUUGCCACCAGGGUUCAGAGCACUGCUCAGCUACAUAUUAAACAUUGCGUGACUGGGAAUACAGCAGCUAAGCAGGUUGUCCCCAAGGCAACCUCCAACAGCAACCCCACCCCUAGCGAUGCCAAUUCACUUCCUCUACCCCUUCCACCUCCUCUCUCUGCUCCCCCUAGUGCCUCUCUCCGUCCCAGGUCCAAGCUCACCUCAGCCCAGCCAGCCUCCUCUCCACAGAACCACUCCAAGUUUACCUGGGUGAAGAGCCAUCAGCCAGGAGGAGUCAGGCCCAGCCAGGCCAGAAUAGAGUCCCGGCCCCCAGAUAAUCUAAUCACAUCUGUCACCACCACAGUCUCCCAUUCUGGGGUCCCUAGCAGUUUCUCAUCCAGCCCCAGUUCCAGUAGGAAAGCCUUUGCCCCCAGAAAAAAGGUUGCCCGUAGGCUCAGUUUAUCCACUGCAGUCCCUAAGACCUCCAAGUACACCUGGGUGUCCUCCGCUGCAGGGGUCCAGGCUAGGCUGUCCCGGAAGCCUCUCUCACCCAAAGACCUGGCCCUGGCUCUGCCCCAGAGAGCUGCAGAGGGGUUGGUUGCCAAGAAACCAAAAUCCCCAAAUCCUUUAGCCAAGCAGCGUAAGGCAGCAGCGGCCUCCUGCUCUACUACCCUCAGUAGUCGCUACUGCUGGAAGGCAGGUUCUGGGGAGGGGGCAGACUGGCUCUGGGACAGGGUCCAGAGGUGGGUCUCUGUUCCGCUGGACCUCUGAGAAAGAGAAUGGGGCCAAGGGGGGGUCCAGUGUCCCUCCAUCUGUAACUCAACGCACCGCCUCCUCUUCCCCUGGAGGGUUCAAACUCAGGAGCAG